AUGGCAAUCGAACCGAAAGGGCGGCCUCAUGCCAGAUCGAGCCGGCUAUCACUCACCAACGCAGGUGAAGAAUCCGUUUCUUCCCCUCACAAGCCCAAGUUCAAGUCAGGUUGGAAGUUUGGUCUCUUCGCCGGUGCUGCCAGCUGCACCGUCGUCUUCGUAAUCAACCUCUUUGCCACGAUUUGGGCCGUGACACGGGAUGAGAAGAAUGAACUCGGCCAGCCGGUUCUUCAGCAGGGCCGGUGUUCAGACAUGCGCUACCUGAACACGGGGCUGCACCUGGUAAUCAACGCCCUUAGCUCUGUCCUCUUGGCUGCUAGUAACUACGGUAUGCAAUGCAUGUCUGCUCCUACCCGUGCCGACGUCGACAGGGUGCACUUUGAGGGGAAAUGGCUGGAUAUUGGCGUACCGAGCGUACACAAUCUCCGCCAUUUUCCUAAAAAGAGAGUGGCGAUCUGGGGUCUGCUGGUGCUUUCGUCGUUGCCUUUGCAUCUCAUUUAUAAUUCGGUUGUAUUUUCAUCUCUUGUAACGGUGGGCUACGACAUUUGGGAGAUGCAGGCGCCACACUACUACAAUUUAAGUCAGUCCGAGAUCUUUGCACGUUUCGAGAAUGCCAGCGGAAUCUACCCCAAGCAUCAGCAAAGCUGGGUGAAUUUGACGAAACUGGGUACUUCUAACCGUCUCGAGAAGCUCAGCAACUCGGAAUGCAUUCGUCAGUAUGCAACAUCGUUUCAGACUUCUCACCAGAGCCUCAUACUCGUAACCGGAGCUGAGGAACCCGAGUUGAACGACCAAAUCACCUGGCUAAGCCGUGUUGUCAUUAACACUGACUACAUCGAAACCAGCUAUAACUGGAUGUGUGGCAGCGGCAAUUGUCCUUUCCAGGAUAUUGACACUGUCAGUGGCGUUUGUCGUGAUAAGCUGCCAGCUUUGGAGCAAGAGGCAGACAACUGGAGUCCCUGGUGUGAUAAAGUUGAGUAUUGCUACAGCCAGCCGAUCGACGAGACAUGUCAGGUUACCUUUAAUCCAACCUUUAUUGCGUUUGUACUGGUGUCCAAUGCCCUCAAGGCUAUGAUAUUGCUAUACAUAGCCUUGAGACCGCCAGAAGAAUCCUUGUUCGUUCUCGGCGAUGCAGUCGAAUCCUUCUUGAUUGUUCCGGAUGCCUUCUCAGGCGGCAGCUGUCUUGCGACCGCUGACGACAUCAGGAAGAAUGGCGGGGAUUGGAUCAGGCCUCGCACUUGGACCCCAGUCAAUAGACGAUGGGCAGCAGCAAUCAGUCGACGCCGAUGGAAGAUUAGCAUCAUCUUGUAUUCCUCCUCUCUCUCGGUAGCACUCUUUUUCCUCAUCUUUGGUAUCGUUCGACUUCCAAGUUCAAAAGAUUUUGGGGCCAUCUGGAGACUCGGCUUUGGAGCCGUCACAGAAGUGACCCUCAUCUGGACAAGGGACCGCCAAGUCACCAACAGCUUUACCAUGACACAGGGCGUUCUACUCGCCAACCUACCCCAUUUCGUCUUCUCGGGGCUAUACUUUCAGUACAAUGCAAUAUUUACCGGCAUGCUAGCUGCCAACGAGUGGAGCGACUUUGGACGAAAGAGGAAGGGAUUGCGAGUGUCAUCGAAUCCAGAGGGGUGGCAGAGAUCGCGAUACUUUUUGCAGUUGCCCUAUCGUUGGAGUAUCCCCUUGAUUUUCAUGUCCAUUCUGAUACAUUGGUUGCUGUCUCAGAGCGUGUUCAUCGUGCCACUGCAAUUUGAAUCUGCACGAGAAGAUCAUUUCGCAACCACUUUGGGCUACUCGCCCAUCGCCAUCAUCGCGGUCACCGUGGCAGCAGCCGCCAUGGCCUUAGCCGUCAUCAUAUCAGGUUACCGUCGACUUCCAACUGCCAUGCCCGUGGUCGGAAGCUGCAGCUUGGGAAUAGCAGCAGCCUGUCAUGGCCUUGGGGGAGCUGAACGAACUGACGAGACGGUUGUCCCAUUGCGAUGGGGUGCCAUGACCCAUCCCGAAGAGGGAUCAGCAUUCGACGAGUCAGGGCACUGUGGGUUUUCUGGGGAUUAUGUCGAUGAGCCUCGUGUUGGUGCCAAGUAUGCGUAA